GUCACGUGACGCUGACUCCAGUCACGUGAUAUGUGGUUUAUUGUCACAUGAUUUCCAGUUCUCUGUGGAGUCUCAGACCAGGUGGACUCAGACGAGAUGCAGGUGUUGUUGUGUUACUUCCUGGUUUGUGCGCUCGCCGCUCAUGCGGCUCCACAGGCUGAUCAGGUGACUUACCUGCCUGGUCUCCAGAAACAACCGAGCUUCAAACAAUACUCAGGAUACCUGGACGUGGCCGAUGGCAAACACCUGCACUACUGGUUCGUGGAGUCCCAGAACAAGCCGUCCUCUGACCCGCUGGUGUUGUGGCUGAACGGAGGUCCUGGAUGCAGCUCUCUGGACGGACUGCUGACCGAACACGGACCUUUCCUGAUCCAGGAUGAUGGAGCGACACUGCAGUACAACCCCUACUCAUGGAACAAGAUUGCCAACAUGUUGUACCUGGAGUCUCCAGCAGGCGUCGGCUUCUCGUACUCUGAUGAUAAGAACUACGUCACCAAUGACACAGAGGUGUCCAUGAACAACUACUUGGCUCUGAAGCAGUUCCUCCGCCUGUUUCCGGAGUUCAGCAGCAACCAGCUGUUCCUGACUGGAGAGAGUUAUGGAGGAAUCUACAUCCCCACACUGGCAAUGAGGGUGAUGGAGGACGCCAGCCUCAACCUGCAGGGUGUUGCUGUGGGUAACGGGAUGUCGAGCUACGAGCUCAACGAUAACUCUCUGGUGUACUUCGCCUACUACCACGGCCUCCUGGGCCUCCAGCUGUGGACCGAGCUCCAGACUUUCUGCUGCGUCAACGCCAAAUGUGACUUUUACAGCAACAAGAACCCCAACUGCACCAACAGCCUGUCGGAGGUCCAGACCAUCGUGUACAGUUCCGGACUGAACAUCUACAACCUGUAUGCAUCUUGUCCAGGUGGCGUCCAUGAGAGGGUCAGUGUUGAGGAGGGGCAGCUCGUCAUCAGAGACCUGGGGAACUGGUUCCUCAACCACCCACAGACCCGGAUCUGGAACCAGAGGUUCCUGAGUUUAGCAUCUCAACACGGGAAGGCUCGUCUGGACCCCCCCUGCACCAACUCCACCCCCUCCUCCCUCUACCUGAAUAACCCUUACGUGAAGAAAGCUCUGCACAUCAGCCCCAAGGCUCUGGACUGGUCCAUCUGCAGCUCUGAGGUCAACCUGAACUACGUCCGGAUCUUCAUGGAUGUCAAGAAGCAGUAUCUGGCGCUGCUUUCUGCUCUGAAGUACCGGGUCCUGAUCUACAACGGCGACGUCGACAUGGCCUGCAACUUCAUGGGGGACGAGUGGUUCGUGGAGUCUUUGCAGCAGCACGUGGAGGUCCAGAGGCGUCCAUGGCUCUAUGACGACGUGGACGGUCGACAGGUCGGGGGCUUCGUCAAAGAAUUUGACAACAUCGCCUUCCUCACCGUCAAGGGUUCAGGUCACAUGGUUCCAUCAGAUAAACCAGCAGCUGCCUUUGCCAUGUUCACCAGGUUCCUCAAGAGACAACCCUACUGACCCCGCCCCCACCCGCCCCCACCCCUACACACACUCCCACACACACCCUGACCUCUAACCCCCCCACCCCACCUUUACCUCCCCUCCUGCAGGGAUCUCCAUGCUGCUGUAUAAUUUUAUUUUUUUACUGCCAGCCAAUCAGCUCUCUCUAUGUUUUGAAAAGACUCUGCUUGACCUCAGCCAACCACACUGCCCCUCCUGGUUGUCAUGGAGAUUAACAUCUCAACCUCACCCAAUCACACUGCCUCUCCUGGUUGUCAUGGAGGUUAGCAUGUUGCCAGUCUGUCUGUUGAUUUACUUUCAUGCUAAAUGUGAAACUGUUUUGAUUUAAAGGGAAACAACAAAAUAAAGAUGAAUUUUACUCAGUGA